AUGGCCUUGCCUACUUUAAUUCUCUACUUUAUCAUAGCUCUAGACUCCUCUAGUGGCAUCACGUCACUUCCACCAACUAUAAGUCUUGACUUUGGAGAUACGACUCUAUGCAAGUUUGCCAUGUGGUCGCCGACUAGUGAUGGCAAAAAAACCCGUCCCUUCUCGCUCCGACAGGCCCCACCCCGAAUGGGGCAAAAAAACCCACCUCGAAUGGAUCGGAAAUGCAAUACGAAAUGGUUUACAUACCCAGGCAUAUGGGCGAUCUAUAUUCUAAUAUUGUUCUUCUUAUGGCCGGUAGUACUCUCUGUUUUCGGUUGCCCUCUCGGCAUUCCAACUCUCCCAUUCAGUUUGUUAUACUUCAUUGUUACAUAUCAAUGCUUUCACUGGAAGAAGGGAACACUGUUUGCAGAUGAUCAAGGUAUCUACAAUAGGUUGACUUGGUGGGAGCAAAUAGAAAAUGGCAAGCAGCUCACUCCCAAUAGGAAAUUAUUGACUGUCGCUCCUGUGGUGCUAUAUAGCCUCACACACUAUUGGCUAUCAACACCCUAUGCUCUUCUUCAACACACUAGCAGUUUUCAUUCUGGUUGUUGCCAAGUUUCCACAUAUGCACAAAGUUCGUAUAUUUGGAAUCAUUGCCGACCAAUGAGCUCACAUCCAUUAAAUAAACCCAUUACAGUGAAGACUAUGGUGUGGUGGGCAAUACACAUUAUCUUGGUAGACUUUUCGGAUGAAGUUCCUAUAAAAUCCUGGGAGAAGUCUUCACUAGAGCACGUAGAUGAACCUUCGUGUCUUGGAAAAUACGUUGGUCCAACUAUCUCGGUUUUUAACAUUUAAAAAUAAAAAAGUAAAGCUCGUUUUUGUAUGGGUUGUCCCGAAUUAUGAUUUCUUGGAAAGUGCCCAAUAAACACGCAUUAAUUUUGAUUUUUCCUCGAUGAAUGAGACUAAUGUGAGGCAUAUGUUUGGUAUACAGUAUUUUGUUUUUUUCCUUUGAUGGAUAAACUCCAGAUUCUAAGCAAAGAGAAUGGUGGAUUACAAAUUUAGUAUUGAUUAGUGAUUAGCUGUAAAGAAAUCACUGCAUAUGGAGAGCAGUGAUUGUUUACUAUUUAGUGGUCGUUAAG